AUGUCCAUUGGUGGAUCAUCUGGAAUAUUGAUUGAAGAUAAUGAAAAUAUUUGCGAAAUUGAUUUUUCCACACUCUACAAGAAAGCCUCUAAAAAGCUUACCAGACUUGCAAAAAAGGCCAGGAAACGCCUACAGAAGUGGCGAGGGACAACGGCCUUUGUUAUUUCCUGGAUUCUCAUCUAUAUUAUCAUCCAAACGUGCAAGUUACUCUCUGCAACAGAUUACCUCGUGUGUUUGGCGAAGAUUAACCGGACUCUAAUCCACCCCCGCAACAUUCACAACUGGCAAUCAAUUCAUGAACGCAGGAGGGAUGUCCUCUUGUAUUCGGCUCAUUACCGGCCUCUUGGAGACACCCAAGCUGUCCAUGUGCUCGCAGUGGGAACAGGCAUUCCUACAGGUUUCGUGUGCAUGUUGUGGUACCCGGACUCCUUCUUCCCAGUCAUCGUCAAAGCCAACACGUUAAAUCAUGAUGUUGAUGAGGUCAGGAGAGGGAAGAUUAUUGAGCAGUUCUUCUUCACAUGCGCAUGUAAUUCCACCCAGGUGCCAGUCUACGUGUCUCUAACAGGCCCCCGAUGUACCAUGCCAACAACGUUCCUUCACGUGCAGAUCCCACAGAAAACCACACCGCAGAAAGAGUUUGGUAUCUGUAUGUCCAGCACUUCUUCCAAUGUUCAUCCGCUCAGGAUUAUUGAGUGGAUGGAAGCCCACCAAAUGUUUGGCGUUGACGAAAUCACUCUCUAUUAUCACUCACUCUCAAACAACAUGUCCAGAAUUCUUAAUCAGUACCAAAAAGAAGGAUUUGUCAGGUUGCAGUAUAUGUCCGUGCCAAGACGGUAUGGGAUUUGGUCAGAUUUCAAGAUAAUCUCCUCCCUCUCACUGAAUGAUUGCAUGUGGAAAAAUAUGUAUCGGUAUCGGUACAUUUUUAUUCUUUUAAAUUUUGACGAAAUUAUAAUCCCUCGAAUACACAGGAAUUAUAGCGAACUGAUUGACUAUGUCGAUCGAACUGAGGGCCUACUGAUGCCCGCAGCGUCAUACACAUUUCAAAACACGAUAUUUAAUCUUUGUUCAGCAGAUGUAAAGGACCCGGCUUUCUCGAACUUUCUACGCUUUUUGAAGCGUGAGCCACCUAGUGAGGAGAUGCGUGAUUUUCGAUCACUAAUCAAUCCCAGAUAUUGUCUUUCCCUCUUUAUGCACUACUGUCAUUGUUUCGUCUCGAGUGAAGCAAUGCCCUGGACGGUGAAAGUGCGACAGCACAUAGCUCUAACUCAUCACUAUCAUACAGUACCCAAGAGUAGAGUCAGCUGUGAUAAUCUUAAAAAAAAUUUAUCUCUCGACAAAACUGUAGAUCGCUUUCGCAGGUCUCUGAGCAAGCGCUGUGAAUCUAAAAUUGCUCAACACAAACUUUAA